CGGUCGGCGCAAAUGGUGAGUGGGCAAGGUUUAAAGAGGAGAUGCAGAGGCGUUUCAAGUUAGGGGACGGCCUGCUCACAAAAGAAGACCUGGAAAUGUUGAGACGGGAUGAGUUCUCCACGGUAGGGCCCUUUGCCACAGCAUUUGAGAAGAUGGCAAAGAAAGUCCCAGGGCUGGCGGAAGAAGAACAGUGUGCCACUUUCCUGGGGCACUUUAAGAAUUGGGAAGCCUCGUCCCUUACCAAGAAAGCUGCGCCAGGAAAAAAAUUGACUUGGGGUGCCAUAAAAGAAGGCGUGCUAGAGGGAGAGUUGGACCAGGUAGACAUCUUCCAGAUGAAACAGGCUAGGAAGAAAAGGAAGACUUUGGAUACUAUCGCUAGUGAUGGGCGCAACUUCAAGCUAAUGAUAGAAGAGGUUGUGGCCCAGCACGAUGCAGAGAAGGAGGCAAGAAAGAAGGCUAUGGCGGCGCCACAAGCCCAAGAGAAAGGAAAGAAGGUGGUAGUGUUAGAGGAGGAGGAGGAAGAAGAAGAAGAGCCUGAACCACAAAAGUUGACAAAGGCUCAAAGGAAGGCAAGGAACACGACUCAUGGGGGGCAAGGCCCAGGAAAAGGUCAAGCCCCGCAGGCUGUAGUGGCGCCACCCCUGAAUCGUCUAGUCAAGCCGCACCAGCACCCUAUGGGUCAUGGCCAGGUUGUGGACCUCCCAGUCAUUGGCAUGGGCACUGUUCAUGUGCACCAUGGCCAACGGGUGGACCGCAUGGAUCAUGUACCUGAGACCACUCCUAGGCCAGGCAUGCAGCCAGAGACGUCUCAUAGGGCACAGGGUCAGGGAAAGGAUGAGGAUCAGGCUGCAAGAGAGAAGGAACAGGACAAGGAAGAGAGAACGGCAAUAGAGAGAGAAAUCAGAGUCCAAAUCAGACUCAAGAACAUUGCGGAGCUAUACGAGAAGGUUGAGCAGGGAGAGCAGCCUGUGAUACUAGAAGGCAGAAAGGGGAAUGGCUCACCUACUCAAGACGAUGAGACUCCUCUUUUCACAGAGGUUUGGGACAACUUUGAUAAGUUGUUGGAGGCAACAGGGAGGCCUAGGGAGCAGCAUCAGGAGAUGGGGGUUAAGCUGGUCUCUACAGACUUGCUUAGUCUGAAGGGCCUUAUGAAGGAGGGUUUUGCGGCGGCCAAGACUUCUGAUGAAAAGAUGGAGAAGAGGUUGACAAGGGUGGCGCGGGCGUCUCAUGAGCAGAGAAUGGACUGGCAAAAAGAAAUUGGUGAUCUCAAGAUGGAGUUGGAGAGGCAGGACAAGGAGAUGGAAGCCAUGAAGACAGAGGUAGAGAAAGCCUGGGCAGGCAACGAGGCCAUCAGACAGGUCAACCAGACCCUUAACAAGGCACCUACUGAAGUGGUAGACUGGACAGAGGUCCAGAGGUUUGAGAUCAGGAAGCAGCCUGCAGAAGAGGCCUUCAAGUGUCGGAAGGUGGAAGAGAGGGCAAACGAACAGAAGGAUGAGGAAAUCCCCCUGCUAAAUAAAGAGAUGUUGCAGCCUGAGGACGCCCUAGCAAGGAUGAAGUCAGGAACCGGGGGGUUUGAGUGGAGGAUGCCCACAGUCUUGGCACAUAAGGCGAGGCCACCAGCAGAGGAUGCGAUGGAUGAGGCUGCACUUCCCAUGACUCAGGAGGAGACUGUGGGGAGACAGGAGGUUCAGAAGAGUGUGGGACAGGCCAUGGCUGAGGCUGAGGAGAGGGAGGAGCGGGAGACCGGCAAGCACAACCUCCGGAGAAAGCAAUCGGCAACACGGUGCGGGGUCUGUGGCGAAGCGGCCGUACGACCCGAGGUUGUAUGCACACCUGCCUUCUCACGAGAUUCCUCUACCGCGUCGGAUGACGAGAGGGGAGACGCCAUGUUGUCGACUUUGCCGUUGGGAAGUGGGUCGACGCAGGAAUGGGCGGCGACGCAGUCAUGCGGAGGCAGGCGGGUGAAGACCCUGUGGUCUUACACGUCACUGCAAAGGCUCCCUGUAGAACGUGACCCGCCGUUGAAGAUGAGGCGCACACGCCUCCGCGAUUUCCCUAAACACUCGCGGCGACAUUCGAAGCUUAUCCCGGAAGUAGUCGUCUGUCGCGUCGUCGCAUUGCCUGAGGUUUUCCCACUGUUAGAAGAGAAUGUGACGUUAUUGAAGAACUGGUACGAUGCGGAGAUGGCUAAAUUGUUGGCCAAACGGCAGGAAGAAGAGCGGUUGCGGAAGAAGCAUGAGGAAGAAGAACGAAGAGUCAAGGAGAAGCAAGAUCGAGAGAACUUUCAGAAGGAGCUUAGUGAUGUGUGGAAUGCCAAGUUUGAAUCUGUGUGUGGAACCUUGUGUUCUAAUACAACUCCAGCGGAUCGGGACCUCGAGAUGCUGAAGAAGCAGAUCGAGGAUCUUAAGGUCAGUCAAAGGCAUGGUGUGCUGCAUUCUGGCGCAUCUACCAGCAACCCGUCCGUAGGCAAUGAUGCCCUUUUGGCUCGGGUACUCUUGGAACACGAAGAUAUGAAAUCGAGGCUGGAAAAUAUGGCUGGGGCUUGCAAAAGGGUCGAGAUGUUGGAAGCAGAGCUACGCCAGUUGAAGCAGUCGCGGGAGGAGGCUCUGCAGGAAGCCGAAACUUGGAAGAACGAAGCUCUGAAGUCAGGCAACAAAAGGAGCAGGUUGGCUACUUCACCGUCAUCUGGGCUCAAGAUGCCCCCUGCGGCCACCUUGGCUCCCAGUAAGGAGCGGCGUGGCGUUGGAACUUGUCAGUUAGGGGAGCUACAUAAUUUGGAGGUCGAUGCCCUGAAGGGAAUGAGGUUGCAGGAGUUGGACUGGCGAUGGGAGGCUGAGCAGGAGAAUGAGCGACUAAAGGAACAACGGAGAGCGAUAGAACGUGAGAAUGCCAGACUCAAGGAAGAACUGGUCAAACGAGAUGUGGCGAAACGUACACCGGUGUUUGAAGGUGGAUAUGCCGAUGUAGCCAUCUAUGCUCCCUUGGUGAAGGAAGUGUCUAUGAAGUUUGCGGUGGAUCUAAUUUUCGAGUAUAUAGGGGGUAACUGGUGGAAGGCAAGUCUUGAGGAUUGUGCUAUAAUCACUGUGCUCAUCAAUACUGCCGAGCCGGACAUUUUUCUUAGUUAUGGUCUUCAUGGUGGCACCCGUGCCAUCAAGAUUUGGGAUGCGAAAGAGAUGGUUGUUCUCCAAACAUUCCAAAUGGACGAACAGGUUAUUCGUACGGGAUUCUGCGCUCGACCCCAAGGGUCGCUUUUCAUCACAGGCCAUCAAUCUGGCAAGCUGCAGGUCUGGGAUUAUAAGAGGAAAGAAUGUGUGACAACUCUCAAUGCACGUGAAGGGGCCGUUGCGGGAGCUUUCUUCCAUCCGCACUUGCCGUACAUAUUCAGCACAUCCAGGGACGGAAUUAUCAAGGUCUGGAGUGAUUGCAACUAUCAGUUGAUAAAAACGCUUUGCACUGUUGAGGAGGGCGUGUUCCACAUUCAGCUCAGAAAUGACAACGUGCUUGUGGUCGUGUGUAAGGGAAAUAAAUUGCGCGUCGGUACAAUACAAGAUGUCUGGGACCAUCAGAGAAAAGAAUGUAUGGCCAGUCUCGAUGUGCAUGAAAAACAAGCAGAGCAGGCUUUCUUCCAUCCACACUUGCCGUACAUACUGAGCGCAUCCAGCGAUGGAACCAUCAUGGCAUGGAGCGAUUCCAAUUAUCAGCUACAAUAUACACUCUGCAGUGGCCAAGACGGAUUGUCAGGCGGCGUUUUCUGUAGGGAUGAUUGUAUGUUUGUGCUUUCCUGUAAGAAAACAUUACGUUUCAUUACGGUAAGCACCAAGAAUGACGGUCCCAAACCGGACUUCGUGAAGAGAGUGACCAUGUUAGAAUCAGACAAAAGCCUCUCGUUUGGGGAAACGAAUGUACAUAGCAUUGACAGACUAGCGGACGAGUUGACAGCUGUGAGAGCAAAGACGAGGGCAAUGGAGGAAGUACUUAAGAAAGAGAGGGCAACACAUACACAACAGGUAAAUCAGCUUGAGACUGAGCUAAGCAAUGUAAGGAUGGAGAGGCAAGCAUUAGGAGAGAGAUUUGAGAGAUUGCAAUCGGAAUAUGAGACGAAAGAAGGCAUUCACUCACAGAGGGUGAAGCAACUCGAAAACGAAAUAGGCAAUCUAUUGGUGGAAAGGGAGGCACUCAAAGAGAGAUUUGAGUCAUCAAAGGCCAGGAUUCAAGAUUUGGAAUCGAGGUUGGAGAUCGAGGGAGGUGCACGUGAGAGAUUGGAAACUGUGAGGGCGAAGAGGAAGGCACUUGAAGAGGGAUUUCAGAAAGAGAGGCGGACCAUUGCACGAAGGGUAAGGGAGCUUGAGACUAAGCUAAGCAAUAUAAGGUUGGAGAGGAAGGCAUUAGGAGAGAGACUUGAAACAUUUCGAUCAGAGAAUGAGAGAGAAACACGCAUGGACUUGGGAAGAGUCAGCGAGUUGGACAGUCAAAUAAUUAAUCUGUUGACAGAAAGGGAGGAACUCAAAGAAAGAAUGGAGAGAUCAAAGGUCAGGAUUCAAGAACUGGAAUCCAGGCUGGAGAUGGAAGGCGGCGUAGGAGAGAGAUCGGAAAGGUUUGACGGAGUGCCCAGCGUGGUUCCAAAAGUGGACUUAGAUCCAUUCAGAGAAUUUUCCCUGGAUGAAUUGAAGAGUGCCACAAAUGACUUUCAUGAUGAGUGCAAACUCGAACAUCGACAUUACGGAUGUGUUUACAUGGGAAAAAUCACACCCGUCGUGGUAAAGAGAUUCGAGCGAGGAAACAAUGGGACACAUAACAAACACAUGCAAUUGACGAGGGAGCUUGUUGACCAAUUGAAGUCUCUUCAGCACCCACACAUGCAGAAGAUGCUAGGAGUGUGCUACAGAGGAAAUUGUCUCGUCUAUGAGCACAUGGCCAAUGGAAAUGUGAAAGAGUGGAUUUCCUCCACCGAUGGGUCACGAAGGGGCUUCUUGCCGUGGUACACCCGCCUGCAGAUUAUGGCCCAGGUUGCCCAAGCCUUGGCCUUCCUUCACUCCAGCAAGUCACUAGGAGGUGGUCCUAUCAUCCAUUGUGCCAUCAAGCCCGAAAACAUCCUUUUGGGUACUAGCAGUUUUGUGACAAAACUCGCAGAGGCUGAUGCCGCGUUGAUUGCCGCAAACGUUAAGGAUGACGACGAUGUGGAACCUGGAAUGCCUGUGCCUUAUCGAGUUGAAUCAGUUGACGCUCAGUAAGUGGCUCAAGAAUUUUUGCGCACUGCAGUCCUCACUCAGCAAACUGAUAUUUACGCCUUCGGCAUCA